CUUGCUGUGACCUCACAAUGACAGAAUCCUCUGCACUAACAGCUCUGGCUGAGGCUGACUCCAGUCCUUACAGUUCAGAAGCUGUUAGCUGGUUGGAGACUAUUGAGAUUCACUUAUCAGUGAGCUACUUGUACUUGGAUAGUGGUGAAUUGGUGAAUCUGAACACACCAUAUCACCGAGGACGCGACCAUGGAGCAGGGCAGGGAGGCCUGCUGCUCCUCUGAGGAAUCCUUCAUGCCUGAAUAUAAGAUGCUGAAGACCGUGGGCCAGGGACAAUUUUCCAAGGUUAAGCUGGCCAUCCACGUUCCUACUGUAACCCAUGUGGCUGUAAAAAUGAUCAGAAAUGAGAAGGAGUACGCUUCAGUUGUUGCUAGUGAAAUAAACAUCAUGAAAUCUCUCAAACACCCGCACAUAAUCGAAUUGUUCCACGUGUUCCAAUCAAGAGACACCACCUUCUUAGUGAUGGAGCACGCAUCACAGGGAGAUCUUUAUCGAUACAUUAUGGAACGGAGGUGCUUACAUGAGAGCGAGGCACGGAGGCUAUUUACCCAGAUUGUCCUUGCAGUUGAGUAUUGCCACAACAACCAGAUUGCCCAUAGGGACAUUAAAGCUGAUAACAUACUGCUUGACUGGAUGGGCAACGCAAAACUUUGCGAUUUUGGCCUUGCAGCAAAAGUGCCCCCAGGGCACCUGCUGACAGAUUACUGUGGUACCCCUCUCUACUGUGCACCAGAACUUUUUGUUGGCGAAGCCUAUGAUGGUUUCAGAGCUGAUAUAUGGAGUUUGGGAGUUCUCCUCUUCCUCAUGGUGGUUGGGCGCUUUCCCUUCUGGGCCAGGUCUCCUGCAGGUCUGAGGCAUCAGAUCCUCAACUCAAAAUACAGCAUACCUGAGCAUAUUUCCAACGAUAUUUUCAUAGUCAUCAUACGAUUACUGAUGAUCAACCCAGGCAGCAGGCCCAGCAUUGAUCAAAUCAUGAGGUGCUCCAUGAUCACAGACACCCUUGCACGUUUGCCUCCUUCCACACAGAGACUCCCAGGCACCCUGACACCCACCAGCAUUGUCAGCAGCAUGACGGUCAUGGGGUAUAAGUCUGAGGAAAACGCUGAUUGUCUCAGAGAACAAAAGGACAACCAGCUGAUGGCCACUUACCUGAUUCUCAAACACGAGUCCUCUGUGGGAGAUAGCUGCCAUCAGCCGGUGAAACCCAGGCAGUCAGGCCUUGUCCUCAACCUGGGAGAUCAUCACACCUUCCCUGUGCCUCUAAGGAGAGCUACUGAGCCUGCUGCCCUGGCCUUCACCAUGUCAUGCAGUCUUCAGGAGACAGAGCAUGAGAACAAUGCCAGGCAGGGUGGCAAAAGGCAUAGCAUGCCUGCCACCCUAUGCCACCUGUCAGACAGGCCCCAACCUCCACACCUAGUCUUCCCGAACAGGCCCCGUUCUCUUGACCUUACACGCAGUAGCGUGGUAAUGAGCGAGAGUUCCUCUGAGUCAAAGAUCGGGUCACAUGUCAGCCCCAAUGACAGUGUCUGCCCAUCACUGUUCUUAAUGUUCAAUGAUUCUUGUUCACCAGACGACAAGGAGACCACAUGUAACACAGGCAGUGUAUCUUCCUGGAGUUAUCAAGAGGAACUCUGCAGCUCCAGAGACACAGCUCAGAGUGUAACUUCCAAAGGCCCCUCCUCUGGGGAUACCAGGCAGGGAGACUCCAGGAUACAAGAAGAAAUUAGUGAGGAAAUGACUAUCACACAGGAAGAGGCCAUGAAUGAGGAAGGUACCAUCAUACACGAAACAACCAUACCCCAGGAAGAGGCUCUCACACCAGAAGUGACCAAUACUCAUGAUGAGACCAUCACAGAAGAAACCACCAUGGUCGAUGGAGAGACCAUGGCUCACACUGAGGCCAUCAUAGAGGAAAAGAAUAUAAUGGAGGAGGAGGACAUGCAUCGGGAAGCAAAUGUCUCCCUGGAAUUGAGGAGGACCCAGGCAGGGCAUAAGACUCAGGAUGACAGCAUCACAGAGGAGGAGGCCAUCACCCACGGCCAGCCUGAGGUUGCCGGCCAGGCUUCCUCCCCAAUCCGGAGGCGCCACAGGUGGAAGGGGUUCAAGAAAACAAUGGUGAACUGCCUCAGACACGUGUGCUUCUGUUUGCCACCUGCCAGGAGAAGCCACGAUGCCUGUCAGAACCUGGCUCCAAAGAAACCGGAUUGUGGAGUCACUCAUAGAACCUGGUGGCGACCGGCCUGCUGCUCCUCUGAGGAUUCCUUCAUGCCUGAUUAUAAGAUGCUGAAGACCGUGGGCCAGGGACAAUUUUCGAAGGUUAAGCUGGCCAUCCACGUUCCUACUGUAACCCAUGUGGCUGUAAAAAUGAUCAGAAAUGAGGAGUACGCCUCAGUUGUUGCUACUGAAAUCAACAUAAUGAAAUCUCUCAAACACCCGCACAUAAUCGAAUUGCUGAACGUGUUCCAAUCAAGAGAUACCACCUUCUUAGUGAUGGAGCACGCAUCACAAGGAGAUCUUUUUGGACACAUUAUGCAACAGAGGUGCUUAAUUGAGAGCGAGGCACGGAGGCUAUUUACCCAGAUUCUCCUUGCAGUUCAAUACUGCCACAACAACCAGAUCGUCCAUAGGGACAUUAAGGCCAAUAACAUACUGCUUGACUGUAUGGGGAACGCAAAACUUUGCGAUUUUGGCCUUGCAGCAAAGGUGCCCCCAGGGGACCUGAUGACAGAUUCCUGUGGUACCCCGCUCUACUGUGCUCCAGAAGUCUUCUCAGGUGAAGCCUAUGAUGGUUUCAGAGCUGAUAUAUGGAGUUUGGGAGUUCUCCUCUUCCUCAUGGUGGUUGGGCGCUUUCCCUUCUGUGCCAGGUCUCCUGAAGGUGUCAGAAUACCUCAGCACAUUUCCACCGAUAUUUCCAUAGUCAUCACCCAACUACUGAUGAAGGACCCAGGCAGGAGGGCCAACAUUGAACAAAUCAUGGCGUGCCCCAUGAUCAGGGACACCAUUGCCCUUUUGCCUCCUUCCACACAGAGACUCCCAGGCACCCUGACACCCACCAGCAUUGUCAGCAGCAUGACGGUCAUGGGGUAUAAGUCUGAGGAAAACACUGAUUGUCUCAGAGAACAAAAGGACAACCAGCUGAUGGCCACUUACCUGAUUCUCAAACACGAGUCCUCUGUGGGAGAUAGCUGCCAUCAGCCGGUGAAACCCAGGCAGCCAGGCCUUGUCCUCAACCUGGGAGAUCAUCACACCUUCCCUGUGCCUCUAAGGAGAGCUACUGAGCCUGCUCCCCUGGCCUUCACCAUGUCAUGCAGUCUUCAGGAGACAGAGCAUGAGAACAAUGCCAGGCAGGGUGGCACAAGGCAUAGCAUGCCUGCCACCCUAUGCCACCUGUCAGACAGGCCCCAACCUCCACACCUAGUCUUCCCGAACAGGCCCCGUUCUCUUGACCUUACACGCAGUAGCGUGGUAAUGAGAGAGAGUUCCUCUGAGUCAAAGAUCGGGUCACAUGUCAGCCUGAUUGACAGUGUCUGCCCAUCACUGUUCUUAAUGUUCAAUGAUUCUUAUUGCCCAGACGACAAGGAGACCACAUGUAACACAGGCAGUGUAUCUUCCUGGAGUUAUCAAGAGGAACUCUGCAGCUCCAGAGACACAGCUCAGAGUGUAACUUCCAAAGGCCUCUCCUCUGGGGAUACCAGGCAGGGAGACUCCAGGAUACAAGAAGAAAUUAGUGAGGAAAUGACUAUCACACAGGAAGAGGCCAUGAAUGAGGAAGGUACCAUCAUACACGAAACAACCAUACCCCAGGAAGAGGCUCUCACACCAGAAGUGACCAAUACUCAUGAUAAGACCAUCACAGAAGAAACCACCAUGGUCGAUGGAGAGACCAUGGCUCACACUGAGGCCAUCAUAGAGGAAAAGAAUAUAAUGGAGGAGGAGGACAUGCAUCGGGAAGCAAAUGUCUCCCUGGAAGUGAGGAGGACCCAGGCAGGGCAUAAGACUCAGGAUGACAGCAUCACAGAGGAGGAGGCCAUCACCCACGGCCAGCCUGAGGUUGCCGGCCAGGCUUCCUCCCCAAUCCGGAGGCGCCACAGGUGGAAGGGGUUCAAGAAAACAAUGGUGAACUGCCUCAGACACGUGUGCUUCUGUUUGCCACCUGCCAGGAGAAGCCACGAUGCCUGUCAGAACCUGGCUCCAAAGAAACGGGAUCCUGGAGUCACCCACAGAAUCAGGUGGGGCCACUUACUUUAUUUUACUCAUUCUUUGCCUCCUGUCCUUUGUGACAGACGAUGACUAUGCCCACUUGUGGCCCACUUGUUUUGUUUUCCUUUAUUUUUAUUUAAGUAGGAAACAAGCUUGUU